CCUCGCUUGGAGAAGCGGUUCUAAGCUCAGCCUCCGCCGCAGGGCUUCUUUCUACCUCUGCUCCCCUGGAGGGGCCCAUCAUGCUGUCCACCGGCACCCACGAGGGACAGAACUGGAACUGCCCUUCACAGAGGGGUCCAACGUGGCUGAUGCCCCAGCGGAAGCGGAAGUAACGUCAGCGGUCUCCCCACUUCUCUUCGGGCUCUGCUCGCCCCAGACCUCUCCGAAGUGGUCGGUUUCACCCCGGCUUCGCCUCUGGGAUCACGCUGAUUUAGACACUGCGUCCUCCAGCUUCAGGGACCCGACGGUUUCCGCGCGUCCAGGUGACCACUGGGUGAAAGGACCCCGUAUAACUCUGGAUGAAGAGGAAUGGAGAUUGCCUCUCUCUGCUUGGAGUCAUAAGCUGCCCAGAAGUGGCCAGAGGGACUGUUUCAGGGACAUUCCAGCCCCACAGGAUGGCAGCCACUGAUUUGUCGGAAGGCCUUCUCUACACAGAACCAAUCUGCUUUUAUGAAGACGAAACAAAGGUAGAAAGUGUGGUGGCUGACUACCAGGCAGAUUGUUACCAGGUAAUAAGAAAGGAUAGCCUUCUACAAAAUGGAAAUCUUCCACCAACUAGACACAUUUUGUUCUAGACAUACUUGUCUCCAGAGCUUCUUAAAGGAAGUAAACCUCAUGCAAGGACUGAGUCCCCAGUUGAAUUUCCCCAUAGAAUGGAGCCUUAUGCUGGAUUCCGUGACCUUUGAUGAUGUGGCUCUGGAGUUCACCCAAGAGGAGUGGACUUUACUGGACCCAACUCAGAGAAAUCUGUACAGAGAGGUGAUGCUAGAAAACUACGAGAACCUGUCUUCAGUAGGAUACCAGUUCUUCAUCCCUAGUCUGAUCUCCUGGUUAAAACAAGAAGAAUUAAACACAGCAGAAAAUGGAGUUCUUCAACAGUUGGAGCUACAACCAGUAACCAAAGGAUCAGAAUUUGAGGAUUAUUUUAGGGAGGAAACUUCCAAAGAGAUGGAAAUGGUGAGAAGCCACAAUGGAGAGGAGCUCUACGACUAUAAGCCAUAUGGAGAAGUCUUCAGUGAACAGUUUUUCCUUAAUACACACAUGAGAACACAAAACCAAGAAUAUUCUUCGGGAUAUAUUUGGUGUGGAGAAGACAUCCUUACUCUGCACCAGAAAACCUCUACUGGACAGAACUUUUCCGAGAUUGAUCAGUAUGGAAACAUUUUCAAUCUAACUCCAAAUAUUGCAUACCAGACGACGUGCAUGAGAAACAAACCCUUUGAGUGCAGGGAUUGUGGGAAUGCCUUUUUUAAUCCAUCAUACCUUCAGAUGGAUAUGAGAACUCAAAAUGAAGGAGACCCCUAUGAAUGGAAGAAAUAUGAGAGUGGAUAUAUUCACCCCAUGAGCCUUGCUAUGCAUCUUCAAAUUUUCAAUGGAAGAAAUCCCUACAAAAUGGAGGAAUUUGGAAAGAGCUUUCAGUAUUUUCCAUGCCUUACUAAUCCCAUGGAAACCCACACUGAAGAAACACUCUGUGAAUGCAAGGAAUGUUGGAAAGCAUUCACAGUUUCCUCCCACCUAAAUCAAUAUGUAACAGUUCAUUCUAGAGAGAAAAACAAAAAAUGUAAGGAAUGUGGGAAGUGCUUUGCUACUUUUUCUCAACUGUCUGCACAUAUAAAAACUCACAGUGAUGAAAAGCCCUUUCAAUGUAAGGAGUGUGGAAAGUGCUUUAAAAAUAACACAUACCUUAACGAUCACAUGAGAAUUCACACUGGAAUAAAAUCAUACAAAUGUGUGGAAUGUGGGAAAGCCUUCCUGAGGUGGUCAGGCCUGACUGAACACUUACGAGUUCACACUGGAGAGAAGCCUUAUGAAUGUAAGGAAUGUGGAAAAGCCUUCUCGAGGUCCACUCAGCUUACUGAACAUAUAAGAACACACACUGGAGUCAAACCCUACGAAUGUAAGGACUGUGGGAAAGCCUUCACUCAGUACUCAGGCCUUGCUACCCACGUGCGCAUUCACAGUGGAGAGAAGCCCUUUCAGUGUAACCAGUGUGGGAAAGCCUUCACUAGGACCUCAGGCCUCAUUCACCAUGUAAGAACACACACAGGCGAGAAGCCUUUUGAAUGUGUCCAUUGUGGGAAAACCUUUAUUACUUCUUCCCACCGUACUAAACAUUUGAAAAUUCACAGUGGAGAAAAGCCUUUUGUGUGUAAUAUUUGUGGGAAGGCGUUUGUAUAUUCCACAUCCCUUAACAUUCACAUGCGAACGCAUACUGGAGAGAAACCUUACAUCUGUAAGGAAUGUGGGAAAGCGUUUGCUGUUUCCUCACGCUUAAGCAAACAUGCAAGAGUUCACCAUGGGGAGAAGGCCUAUAAAUGUGGGGGUAUCAGUGUUACUAUUUAGCCCCUCUGUUGCCACCCUUAAAUACUGACAGUGACACCAAAGAUCAUCAGUUAGUUAUUCUUAACUGCUUUGUAUGAGUUGUAAUGGCUUCCACUGGCACAGAUGCCAUCCUAAUAGUAUGAAAUACGAUAUGUAGGUCCCCUGUGGAACUUUUGUAGUGCUGGAGAUUGACCCCAGUGCCUCACACAUACUUGGCAAGUGAUCUACCACUGAGCUACAUUGCUGACCCCCUUGAACUGGUUCACAUGUAGCUGAGUCUGAGCUCUUGGGGGUCAUAGGUGAGGUCACUAUUGCACAUCUGCCUCACUUGGUGCUUAGACCCCUAGUGAAGAUACCAUUAAUAAAAGCUAUGCACGGGUGUCCAGCCUUUUGGCUUGCUUGGGCCACAUAGAGUAUAGUUAAUGUAUAUAAGUAACAAGAGUUCCUUUAUUUUUUUAUAUUUUGUAUGAUAAUAUUAAAACAACACAAGCAGCCUUCAGGCUGCAGGUUGGACAUGCCUGCAUGAGAUAAUUGAAUAGAUUUGGCCCUACCCCUUGUUGGUUAGUGGCUGCCAGUGUGGCUACUCAUGCAAAAAUUCUCCAGUGGUCAAGUUCAUGCAGGACCAGGUGAACUGUUGAAAGACAUUCUUCCAGGUGUGCCCCCGACCUCCACUGAUUGUGCUGAGUGUGCCAAGAAGGAAAUGGUCCCUACCUUUUCCCAAGAAGGAAAUGGUUCUUAAUGGCUGGUCCAUAUUUGCAGCCAGUUAUCCCUGUUUUCUUAUAAAAUCUAAUAAGUCCGCCCUUUCUUGCCUUCUGGGUCUGUUUUAGAUUUAAGAGGCAAUUUCUCUGCUUGUAUAAUCCUAUUUCUCACUUCUGUUGAGAUGGGCACUAUCCCACCCGUGAGUCCCAACCAUGAUCUUUUUACCAAAUCAUUGUUCAGCUCACAGUUUUAGCCUUUUCUUUCAUCCAAGUUUUCUCAAGUUUUGCAAUAUGGAUAGGCUGAGAAUUUUCCAAAUUUCCAGUUCUGUUUCCUUUUUGAUUAACAGUUCCUUGUUGGAUUCAGCUCACCCCUUAUGUAUUUUACUAAAAGUCAGGUGGAACCAAGCUCUUCCUUUAACAGUUGAGUUGCAAACUUCACAUUUCUAAUUUUAAUCACUUCCAAGUUCUACCUGUCACAAAUUGCUAGAAUAUAACUGUAUUCUGCCAAGGUCUUUAAAAUUACAUAUUAAGGACUGCCUCUUCCCCAUCCAACUUGCUUCUUCAGUGAUGCUGGGCAUUUAACUAACUCAUGCUAGGCCAGCAUUCUGCCACUGAACUUAAUCCAUAACCUUGUUUUUUUUAUUUGUUUAUGUUUCUUGAGACAGGGUCUCACUAUUAGUUCAGACUGGCCUCAAACUCACUGCAAUCUGCCUGCCUCAGCCUCCCAAGUGCUGUGAUUACAGGC